AUGGAUUCAUCUCAAGACGAAGAUGGGUCAAGUCGCGAUAGAAAUAAGAGUGUGAUGAAUGAAGAUUUAAGUUGUGACUUCAUUAGUGAACAGAUAGGGAAAGCCUUGGAGAAUUUAUCUCCGUUCAUUGUUAAGAAACUAAAUGAGACUCUCGAAGGAGCGAUGAGCGAUUCUAUCGCAACCAAAAUAAGAGAAGAAGUGGCCUUCGCGGUACAGGAAGUAUUUGAUAAACGCUUUCCUAAAGAGAAAGUACCGGAAGCACAAAAUGCUGAAGAACAACCGAAGCCUAAGAAUGAAAAGCCUUAUGAUCUUAAGAGUUUCACUAUUGUUAACCCUCCCAAAUACAACAAGAUAGGAGAGGAUGCGACGGUGAAGAUGGAGUGGGCUGAUUUUAAGGUGGCCUUUUUCAAAGAAUUUCGAUCCGAAGCCGAUGUGACUAGGCUUAGGAGUGAGUUUUUGAAUGACUCGCAAGGCACCUUAAAUGUGAAUGAAUUCCGGGUAAAAUUUCUAGACAAAGCUCAAUUUUGUCCGGAGUAUUUGAAGGAGCAUUUCUAUCGCAAGCUUCCCAAGAGUAUUCGAGAAAAGAUUACUCUACUUCAAAUUGAAUCGUUUACCCAACUAGUGGAUGUGGCAAGAUGGCAUGAGGUUGAACAAGGCAUGCCGGAUGAUGAGUCUUCGAAGAAAAAGGCGGAACAAGGUAACUCUCCAAACAAGAAGUUUCGGCCUAGUGGAAGUUCGGGGGGUAAUUCAAAUAGAAGAAACAUUCCCACUUGCAAUAAUUGUGGGAAACAUCAUUCUGGAGUAUGUCUCUCACCAUCUAAGAAAGGAUGCUUCAAUUGUGGCCAACUGGGUCACAUUAGCCGAGAUUGUAAGUUCCCUCUUAGCAAGCCUACCGUAUGUUUCAAGUGCUUCAAUGAAGGGCACAUGAAGAGUGCUUGCCCAUUGUUGUCGGAAGAAGAAAGGCAAGCCGAAGUAAGAAAAGCAAAUGAAAGAAAGUUAGCGAAACAAGUAGGGAAUCCUAGGUGA